UGUGCUGAGGAUCCGGAGACGCGAGAGCUGGUCCGUCAGUAUGGGGGCCUUGCACCUCUUAUCAAUCUUCUCAGUCACCAGGAGAACAAGGAGCUACUAGCCGCUGCCACUGGUGCAAUUUGGAAAUGUGCUGUUUCACCGGAAAACGUAAAGCAAUUUCAACAAUUGGGCGCCAUUGAUAAGUUGGUCGGUCUGCUUAACGACCAACCAGAAGAGGUAGGUAGUGAUAUAUUUUGUUUUCUUUGUAAAGGCCAGGAGAUAUAA